AUGGUUGGCCGUGUGCUGUUGAUGUGCACCCUCUGCGUGCUGUGCUGUGCCGCCAGCGGUGUCGGUGCGUGGGGCGGCGGCUACUGCACGGAGAGUGACUGGAAGGAGUUGCGGGCGGUCGCGAAGGACAUGACGGAGGCGGAGAUUGAGGGGCAGUACUGCAGCCGCAAACCGGAGUUUGUGCAGGGACUGCGGGCGAGUCCGCAGCAAGAUAGUGAGGAAGAGGAGGAAGAGGAAGAGGAUGAGGAGGAGGAGGAUGAGGAGGAGGGCAUCACGCAGGAUUCGGGCAAACAAAAAGGAACAACAACCGAACAAGUGUCGAAAGUUGAGACACACCCCAAUGGCAACGACAACCAACAAACCAAAGACCAAAAAGAGAACUCUGGAGAGCAGUCACAAUCCCGUGGAGACUCACAGGAAAACAUCGACACACACAGCACCAACGCAGGGAACAUACAAUCAUCGUCAGAACUUCCGGGAACACAACAGUCUCAUACUCCAAAUACCCUAAACAACCCGCAAAAUGGUGCCACAACUGAUCCACAGAAGAACGGUGACAGUGCACCAGCAGCAGCAACGGCAGGUGCAGAGCCUACUGCCAACGGUUCCAAGGACACCGCGGCCACGACUGACACUGACGGCAGCUCCACAACGCAGUCAAAGCCGGCGGGCCCUGUGACAACAACCGAAGCUGGUCAGGCGGAGCAGGAGCACACCGUAGUGCCCACAUCCCACGAAGAACCGGGAACGAGUGGUGGGAAGAAGGAACAAGCCGCCAAACCGGCAGCGGGGGCGGCUGAGAGAGAAUCCAUGACACCGCCGGCCACUGCCACCAAAACAACGAAGGCGGCGCCCGGCGACAGUGACAGCGGCGCCGCGGCCUCGCACUGCACCUCCCCCAUUGCGCUUCUUCUUGCGUGUGCGGCGGCUGCUGCGAUGGUGGCCGCGUGA